GUGAGUUUUGCCAUUUGUCUGAUUGGGCGACAGUCCUUAAACUGAAUGACCAGGGUUCAAGCCUUUGCACUGGCGUUAAUAGUUCAUAUUUCUUGCAGAAGUCAUUAAUUCCAAAUUUAAUCUGCCUACAAGAAUCACUAAACUGUCCUAAUCUCUGUAUGUGUCACUGCAUCUCUCUGCUUGCUGUUGAUUGUGUAGCCUUUGUUCCCUCCUCUCUGUCCACGUUUCCUCCACACUAAGCGCCCUCCCUUCUCAGCGUUGCUCCAGUAACUUCUUGGCGAGCUCUUCUAAAAGGCUUAGAGUAAACAGGAUUAGAAAGCAUUAAAAAAAAAAAAAAAAUCCCCCCCUCUCUCCAAGAGCCAUCUGCCUAUCUACCUGAGCCAGGAGCUGUCCUCUCAGCACCAUGUGACACACCUCUCUUCAGCUGCGGGGGGGAAAGCAGGAAACCAGUAUGUGACUGUAUCGACAAAUGAUUUCUGCACGGGGUUCUGUUAUUUUUCUGCGUCUGGGGAAUUCUGAACUAUGCAAACUUGUAAGAAGCUGUUCACACUGCUGUUACAUGACUUGAGAGGAAGUACACAUCUACUUCAUCCUUUUCCGAGUCCACGGAUUUAAACUCAAACACGGAUUUAACAUGAACAUCGUAUCUUGGAAAUGUGUUUUUUAUCCUGUUGCAUUUAGUUUUCUUGCCAUAUUUUUGGACAUAAGGACAGGUGCAACACUGGAAGGUUCCUCUAUGGGACACCUUAGUCUGCCUUAUACUGAGGAGCCUGUGGUGUUUCCACGCAUCGUUCGUGUGUCUGAUGUGAAGGCAUCUCAAGGCCAUGCAGUUAUCUCUCGACAGAAAAGGAACAUCCUUUUCCCAAGUGGCGUCAAACUGUGUGCACAAGAGACCGCUCAGCAGGUUGUUGCAAACCAUCUGAGCUACUUUCAUCUCAGAGUGUGCCAGGAGACCAUAUGGGAGGCUUUUAAGAUCUUCUGGGACCGCCUCCCAGAGCAGGAAGAGUACCAAAGCUGGAUGAGCCAGUGCCAGGAGGGCACAGUCACAGCACUAGAUAUUGGCAGCUACUUCAGCCAGUCAGAGGAGCACCAGGCUCUGGUUAAAAAGAGAAUGUCACUGCCGGGUUUGAAAAGUGAGCCCACCAGGUCCUGGCAGCAUAUGUGCAGCACUCCAACACCAGUCACAACGAAAGCUGCUGAAUCUCCUGAGCUAGAAGAUGUAGCUGAAGAGGUGGAGAAGGAGGAAGCAGCCACUAUUGUCCCAGAGGUACAGGAGAGUACACUGGACAAUGACAUUGCCAUGCAGCCUCCCACACCCGCUGUGCUGGAGCAGGUGGUUGAGCUCAGCAUCGUCCUGACAGGAGAGAUGUACAGCGACGACCUCGAGGAUCCAGCCAGCCCCCACUUCCAAACACUCAGUAGACAGCUUGCUGAAAAGAUAGAGGAUGCUCUGGAGGGGCUUCCUGGAUUUAAGAGUGUGACUGUGCUGGACUUCAGGCUGGAUGGCGUGGUAGUGGACUAUGCUGUCACAGUGUGGGUGGAUGGAGCAGGGGUGAGCAAUGAACAACUGGACUACCUGACCUUGCAGUCGAACCGGGUGGAGAACUCGUACAGUGAGUUCAAGGAGCGCCCGACAGUGGUGUACACCAUCAGCGAGAUCAAAAACUAUGUCACUGAAGCCCUGCAUCGCAACGAGCCAGAGAGUGUGUCCGAGAUACCCGAGUCUAUCAACGCUGCAGACGGAGCCACGGUCAUUAUUGUCGAUGAGCCACCAGAGGUCAUGAUCCUGGAAGAGGACACUGAAGAUGACGUCCUGCCUGAGCCCUUUGAAACCAACACAGCAACGGCAGCAGAAAAUGACAUCAUUGUCCUGGAGGAGAGUACUGUUAUAUCUCCUGCUCCUGUCCUGACCACCAGUGCACCUGAAGCUGACAGCAUUGAGGAGGAGGGUCUGCUGCUGGAGGACACUGUGCAGACUCCUGUUGUAGAGAACCCCCCACCAGAGGAGCUCCCAGCUGAACUCCCCUCCCCUGAGCUGCCAGAGGAUAUCACACUGCCCGAACCACCAGUGGAGAUCGAGGCCUCCGGCUCAGGCACGGGUGACCUGGAGGGCCUGCUACAGCCAACGUCAGCCACAGAAGAAGAAGAGGACGUGUCUCUUGAGGAGACUUCUUUGGAAGAUGGACUGAUAACAGAAGAUGUUGUUGUAGAUGCAGAUGCUACAUCUGAAGCUGACACAAAGGAAGCGGGAGAGGAGGUUACUCCGGAAGAAGACCAUCCUGCUGAGAUUGAUGUGAAUGAGGCAGAGAUUCCAGAGGAGCUGGAGAUCUCCACAAUUGCAACCGAGACCACAGAGGAAGAAGGCCUGCCUGGCCUAGACCCACCUCCUGAGGCUGUAGAUGUAGAUGUAGAGCCAGAGCCAGAGCCAGAGCCAGAGCCAGAGCCAGAGCCCGGUCUGCUUCCUGUUAGUGAAGACUCAGUGGAGGGGACAGCUGAAGAUUCAAACCUCACAGAUGUUCCACCUGCAGAUGAGGAGGUAAACCCAGAAGAUGCAGCCAGAAAUGUGGUAUCUGAAAAUGCUGAGGAAUCUGUAUUUGAAGAUGGCGGCGUGGAGGAAGCAACAGAUGGCGAGGGACAAGAUGUGAAGGAAGAUCCAAAAACGCCUGGAGCUCCAGUUGUAGAUAAAGAGGAAACGGAGGCUCCUUACAUCUCCUCAGAAGAUCUCACAGAUGAUGAGAUCUUACUGGUGAACAAGGAUGAACUAGUACCACCAGUGACAGAUUCUUUGAGCCCUGCCCAACCAACUACCCUGUCUCCAGAGAGGGAGUCGCCUUUCACUCGUAUCUCUGAUGUUGACCCUGCCUCUGAUGUGCAACCUGACAUUAUCAUCCCUGCACUGGUGGAGAUACAGACCUCUAAUGAAGGCUUGGAUGAUGCCACCAUUGGAGACCAGGACUAUGACGUGGUUCACUAUGGUUAUGGUUUGAUUAACCACACAGAGGAGGGCAGCACUGGAUUCCCAUUUGGUGUGGCACACGGCACAGACCAGGCCAGUAUCGCCAUGCCUGUGAACCCUGGGCGAGCACUGAUGGUGUUCUUCAGCCUGAGGGUGACCAACAUGAUCUUCUCAGACGAUCUCUUUAACAAGAGCUCUCCAGAGUACAAAGCUUUGGAGCAACGCUUUCUAGAGCUGCUUGUACCCUACCUGCAGUCCAACCUGACUCACUUUGAGAACCUGGAGAUCCUGAACUUCAGGAACGGGAGCAUUGUGGUCAACAGCCGGAUGAAAUUUGGUAGACCUGUGGCUCGUGGCGUCACCACCACCGUCUAUCUGAUCCUGGAAGAUUUCUGUAACACAGCCUACCAGACAAUGAACCUGGCCAUUGAUAAGUACUCACUGGAUGUCGAGUCGGGUGACCAGGCUGACCCCUGUAAGUUCCAGGCGUGCAACGAGUAUGCGGAGUGCAAGGUGAACAAGUGGUCGGGGGAGGCAGAGUGUGUCUGUAACGCUGGCUACUUCAGCGUGGACGGCCUUCCCUGUCAGAGCAUCUGUGAGCUGCAGACCGACUUCUGCCUCAAUGACGGCAAGUGUGACAUCAUCCCGGGCCAGGGAGCCAUCUGCAGGUGUCGUGUCGGGGAGAACUGGUGGUACAGAGGAGAACACUGUGAGGAGUAUGUGUCCGAACCACUGGUGGUCGGCAUAGCGAUCGCCUCAGUUGCCGGCUUCCUAUUGGUGGCUUCCGGAGUGAUCUUUUUCCUGGCCAGGACGUUACGGGAUCAGUAUGACAAGGAUGAGUCGGAGGAUCCCAUAAGACGAGCAGAGAGUCUCCCAUCUCUGGAGAGGGCGACCAAGUACAAUCCCAUGUAUGAGAGCGAGGCCACCACAGGCUAUAGCCACUACUACCGCCGCUACCCUGAGGCUCCAGUCUACAGCAGUGCCAGCGCAGAGGCCUCAACCGACUUCAGCAGCGAGGAGAUACGGCACAUCUAUGAGAACAGUGAACUGACCAAGGAGGAAAUCCAAGACAGGAUACGCAUCAUUGAGCUCUACGCUAAGGACCGGCAGUUUGCAGACUUUGUGCGGCAGCAUCAAGCUGUCCUGGACACCCGCAGAGAGAGCUCCUCUACAUAGACAUGAAACUCUGCUGUGAACAACAAGAAACAUGGCUCUAUGUUAAAAAAGUGAAGCUCCCCGUCAAGACUGCACUGUUUGAAAGGACUGUCACUCAGUACAAGAUUAUUUUCUCAAUGAAGGGCCCCUCGCUGUGUCUGUGUCUGUCCCUGCCUGUGUGGGCAGAGCUAGUGACUGUUCUGCCUCCUUCCUCUGUGCCUUCUCUUCUUGACUGGGCGAGCUGGCUGUGACAUCAAGGGACAUGUUUUGCUGCUCAUCUACUGGAUGUCUCCCUUUGAGGAAAAGUGGACUGCAUCCUAUUACUUGAAAUGUUGACAGAAGCAUAACAGUACACAUAACUAUGUAGUACUUUUGCUUAGUGACAUAAUGGUUUUGUUUCAUCAUAUCCUAUUUCUCUAUUGUUGUCCAAAGGGAAGAAUAUAAAGCUGUGAAUAUGUAUAUAUGGAUGUUUGUAGUUAGGAUAUUAUUGAAACAGUUUUCUCUGCUCUCUUGUGUCUCCAUACACUGAGAGAGUUGCUGCUGUAUAGUCAACGGUGCUAUCUUACUUUAAAAUACAAUUUGAAAUGUAGUGAUCUAUAAUGACUUAUUUUUACAAUUUAAAAGCAACACGAAAGGAUCAACUCUCUAUAUUAGAGUACUUUUGUGCAUUAAAGGAAUAGUUCAACAUUUUGGGGAAAUGGUGGGGGCAGCUAGCCUGGCUCUGUCCAAAGCUAACAAAAUCAACCCAUAAAAUUGUCCAAAAAAAACCAACCAAAAGCUCAGAUGUAAUGUAUUAAUCAGGGAGCUGUAGAGAUGCCAGUAGGUAACCAGUGGACAGAUCCAGGUUAACUGCUUCCCCUUGUUUCCUGUCUUAGUGCAAAGAUAAGCCAUAUGGCUUCUGGUUGUAGCCUUAUAUUUUAUGUACAGAUAUGAAAAUGGUAUUGGUCAUCCCAUCUAAAUCUCGACCAGAAAGCAAAAAAAAAUAUUUCCCAAAAUGUCACACUAUCCCUUUAAGGUGGCCAAAUCUGCUAGAUUAUGUGAUAUACUAUUCAUCAAUGUUAAAGCAGCAUUUCACAGUCUGAAGUGGAAGGUUAUUCCAGUUAGUUUUCUACUGGCAGGUGAUUCUUUUUCCUUUUUAAAGGGCUUCAUCAAUCAGACGCUUUGGUGUAUGUUUGUAAAUGUAUGGUGUGGCAGACACAGGAAAAUAAAAAACAGUGGUGAGGCGACAAAGACAGAGAGCAUGAACCCACUAUAGCUCUGGGAUCCAGAAAUAAAUGAAAACACGUUUCACUGGAAAAACGCUCAGGGGCAAGCUGCCCAGGGAUUUGAUCAAAUGCUCCGCUUUCAGAUGUCAUAUGUAAUGCAACAGAAAGAAUGGGAAAACCAGGAAAAGCAAGCUGUGCUCUUUGAAAAGACAACCUCAAGCUGUGUCUCCUGUUGAGAAAAAAAACUUCAAGGUUGCCAGCAAUUCUUCCUAAAAAAUGAUCUGUCCUGUGACUACUUGUUUGGCCAUGAUCCUGCUCCUCCUCCUCAAUCUGAAACCUCCUGACAGACUAAUUCUAGUGUUUUCUUUGGUAUUUUCAUACGUUUCUCCCUGGACUUGUUGUGCUUGACCCGUGUCGCCCCUCGAGUGGCUCCUCACAGCUGCAGCUGAUUACAAUCUAUAGGUUUGCGUUUGUUGUCGGCCAGUGUGACCGUCAGUUUCUGUUUAGGAGGUCAGAGACAGACACGUAGAUCACGUCCUAGCUUCUUGUUUACAUUACAUGCUUCUCAUCCUCUGCUCCUCUUUAGAUGUCGUCUACACAAGCGAUAAACACUGGUGAAACAGACUCUUGUGACAGUGACAUGCCUUUCGCAAUCUGCAUAUACAGUUUUAUUUUUAUAUGCGGCUUUUUAUGUGUCUGCAGACAGUUUUUGUCAACACCCUCCAUCUGCCACCUGGACAAACAGCCAAUCAUCCCAUACACUGUUCUGUCAUGUAAAUAACACUGAACAUACUGUAUUAUUAACAGUUGUAUUGUAGGAUGUGAAUUGUGUGUGUCUCAAAUGUUUCAAUAUACAAACAUAUUCUUUUUAUACUGAUAACUGUUUCACCAUUUUAACUGUGUUAUCAUACCGUGCAGCUGUGUAAAUCACUAAUAAAAAAGUGUAACAUGAACAAAAAUAAAAUGUUUUUUAUAAAAUGCA